AUGAAUGAAUUAUUCGAAGAUUUUUCCAAAGCUCAUGCGCUGCGAAAUGGCUACUUGUUAGCACAAACAAUCUCGCCAGUGCCUCCUCCCCAUGAGCCUCAUCGCUUGAGGCGCAUUUGGCAGAGCAGCAACGCUCAUAGUGUCAAGGGAGACAUCAAACAUUUCAUCAAGUCACAAACCUCUUCCCGGAAAAUCCUAGGUCAAGAUGAAAUUAAUGGAUGGGUUGAAGUGUACGUGGCGUACUGGAAUGCAAUAGGUGAGAUUCUGGCUGGAGAGAGUGGCAAGUCGUCCUGGACCAAAGUAUACGAGGCAUGGAAGGAGCUUACGUCUAUGUUGAUUCGAGGAUACAAUAACUCUGGUUUUGAAGCCUGGACAAUCCCUACGCUCUACAUGGUAGGGAAGUAUCUGAGAUUAUUUGCUAUCAAGUCUGAUGACGAGCGUAGUCGAUCUUCCAAUGAUGUUUCUGGAGCCUCAUCAUUAAUGCAGGAUGAUUUUGACCCGGAGUUGGAGAAACAGGGCCAGCUCAGAGACUGUGAGCAGCAUCUAAAGCGUAUUUUUACAUUGUGCCUCAACGACAGGGCCCCGAUAGAGGAGUCCCGCAAAUGGGGUAUAUAUUUUGUCAUCAACUUGCUGUUCAAAACAUACUUUAAGCUCAACAGUGCAUCGUUGUCGAGAACAAUCCUGAAAACGCUGUCUGUUUAUAACGACAAGGGAGAUAUGCCCCCUUUGGAAGCAUUUCCAAGAGCCCAGAGAGUCACCUUUAAAUAUUACGAAGGCGUUCUAUUCUUUCUCGAGGAAAACUAUGUUCAGGCUGAAAAGCAUCUGAUUGAAGCAUGGCAGCUGUGCCACAAGGAUGCUAAAAGCAAUGCAGAACGCAUUUUGACCUAUCUCAUCCCUUGCCGAUUGUUAACUAGUCAUGUUCUUCCUACUAAAGCCCUCCUUCGGCCAUAUCCUCGAUUGCAAGAAUUAUUCCUCCCAUUGGCAGAGUGCAUUAAGCGAGGAGACUUGCGAAAUUUUGACUUAGCCUUACAAAGGGGCGAGGAUGAGUUUGUCAAGAAACGAAUCUACUUGACUUUAGAACGCGGCCGCGAUAUCGCCCUGCGCAACCUGCUACGCAAGGUCUUCAUUGCUGGCGGGUUUGAUGAACCCAAAGACGGCGAGACCACUCCUGUCCGCAGAACAAGAGUUCCUGUCUCAGAAUUCCGGGCCGCAAUCUGCAUGGGUAGCGGAGGGGAGCUUGUCGAUACCGAUGAGGUGGAAUGCCUGCUGGCGAACAUGAUCUACAAGGCAAGUUACUUCCUGUCCCUUGUUCCAAGCUCACCAUAA